CGCGCGCAGGUCCGCGGGGAGGGGCGGCCUGCCGGAGGGCCCACCCCGGGGCGUCACUGACAGGCCCCCUCGGCCGCCCCCGCCGCCCCCCAGAUGUACUAUGCGUUUUCCCAGGCGCGCGUGAACGCGGCCCCCGCGACCAUGCUGCGGCCACAGCGGCCCGGAGACCUGCAGCUCGGGGCCUCCCUGUACGAGCUGGUGGGCUACCGGCAGCCGUCUUCGUCCUCCUCCUCCUCCUCCACGACGGCCCCCCUCCUCCCCAAGGCAGCGCGCGAGAAGCCGGAGGCGCCCGCCGAGCCGCUGGGCACGGGAGCCGGGCCCGGCGCGCACACGGGCGGCGGCUCCCGGGCGGACGCCAAAGAGGAGCAGCAACAGCAGCUGCGCGGCGGCGGCGCGGGCGGCGGCGCGGCCGGCCCGGGCCUCUGCACCUGCGCCGUCUGCAAGUUCCCGCACCUCGUCCCCGCCGGCCUGGGCCUGGCUGCAGUACAGGCACAGUUUUCCAAGUGAGAGCCCGCCCGGCCCGGGGCGCGACCUCGGUCCGGCGUCCAGGCGCCCCGCUUCUCCGCGCCCCAGCUCCCUACACCCAGGGACCGCUGGGCCGGGCACGGAGGACACUUCCAACCUUCUCGUCCAAAGGAAGGGACUGUGGGGCGCCCCCUUCGUCGCCCCGACCCUGGGGAAAUCAAAAGUGACGCGAGCGGAUGUUCGACGGAGCGUCGGGGGCGUUUGGGGUUCGGAGUGGAUUCCAGCUUCUUUGGGCAGCAAGUGCUCGCUCCCAACCCCACUCUUGCCCAGCGUCCGUCUCCCCUCCGGUCCCAGAGUCGUGCGCCUGGUGGGGUUUUGGUGUGGAUUUUAAGGCACCGCGCGGCUUGCUGGGGGUGAGUCAGGAGGCCAGUCCCAGCGCCAAGGCUCAAAGAGGCGAUACCUGCCAAGUCAGGGGACCUAGUGGCCCCUCUCCGAGGGCCGGGAAAGAGUUCUUUUCCUUCUCCCCAGCCAGAGGCCACAGGCACCCUUGUUCCCACCAGCCAAGUCCUGUCAAAGGAGGCUGCCCGACCUCAGGAAGCCGAGAAAAACCAAUUAGUCCCUGCAGCUGGUGCCGAGCUUAGCAGAAGAACUAACCCUGGGCGGUAGUCGGACGGUUGGCAUCGCGGUGCCGCGGGAGGCGGCGGCGAUAACUCCAGGGGCGUUGGGUGUGCUGGCUUGGGAGGUCAGUCCGCUUUUGUACCCUGGCUGUUAGAGUGCAAUUUUUUGAGAAUCGCGUCACCAGGUGUUUUGUUGCGGAGAUUAUUCGCUCUUAAAUCCUGGGAUCUUCUUUAAAAGACAGUUUGGAACCUGAGAUGCACCAGUUUGUUUUCCCUUCCCCCAGAUAUCGUAACCAACCUUCGGGCUUGCUUAAAAACGAAAACCAACCACCUCUGACGCAAGCGGCGUUCUCGGUUCACUAAAAUAGGUAACAAGGCACUUCGCAGUCGUCCGCCCGUCUUGUCCGAAAGCACAAUCGCUAAUUAACGUUCUCAUUACAACACUCGGAGAAGGACCUGACGCCCAACCCGCGGAGGCUCGGCGGCGGGUCCCCGCCGCGGUGGCGAUGGGGAGAUGGCGCUUUCUGUGCUGUCCCUUUGCGUGAGGGAUCUUUGAAAAGCGCUCUCGGCAGGUCCUGUCGCUGCUUUACAGCUGAAGAACUAGAUGACGGUCUUGAUUUGUUACAGACGUUAACAAAUUAUUUCACCCAAGAUUAUUUGAUGAUCUUUCAGCAGCUUGCUUUGAAUUCUGUGUUUAAGGUUUUUGGUUGUUGCUAGUAGCCGAAUUUAACUGGCAUUUUAUUUUAUCUCUAACGUUGUUUCCUUGCUGUGUGAAGAAUCAACAAAAUAAAACAUUGAAAGACCUUA